UUCAGUCGAAUAUUGUUUGAAAGCCAAAUAGUAGUUAUUCCCCUCUGCAAACAGUCACAUCUUGUUAUUCCGGAGAGGCAGGCAGACAAAGUUUAUACAACAUUAUAAUAUAUAAACAUAAUAUAAUAAUAAAGCUCCCGCGCGCGCGAGCUAACGCUUUUCCACGGGACUUCUGGUGCGCUAUUUUCUGGGACUACGGAGUGUAUUUUCCUCGGCGAAGACGGUAUUUUCCGCAACGCAUGUAGCUUAGUAGCUCUUCGUGAAUAAAGCUUCGUGAAUGAAGAGAAAAAAAAAACACUAAAAACUGAAGUGAAUACCAGAGCGUUAGCGAGUGGUUGUUGUUUCGCUGUGGGAGGCGGCAAUUGAAGUGAAUUUUGACGUUUCGGAUGGUUCCCGAAAGACCGACCGUUUCAGGUGUAUAAAACAGUGACACUCGGCGGUGUGGUGGUCCGUUGGGGGUAUUUUCGGGGGAAAUUUAGGCGCACUCAUACAGCCAAAGAUACGACCGUACGCACGACGCAUCCAACGCACCGGAGUCCUUCGGGAGGCAGCAAUUGUAGUGGUUGAAGGACGUGAAAUCCCGAACCGGAGUAACGAUUACGACGACGUCGACAGCGCGCGCGGUCCGAAAGAGAGUGCCAUCGACUGAAGCGCACAUAUUUGCUUUUUCAAUCAGUAAAACGACACUGGUGUUUGGGUUGCAACGAGUCAACAUUGAACCGAGCUAAGGGAAGGAGCUGCUUCCAAGCUGGUGCGACACCCAGGAAAACGCUUAAGCCUUAAUCCUCAAGAGUGUGACGACGACGUCGAUGACGAACCUGUUGAAAUUCCCCCCAUGAUUCGAAGUGUGUACGUAAACGUUGUUUGCUAGCUAAAGGCUGACGAGAACGAAGGACUUUUACCGUUACAGCGACGGACCGGGCGAUAGUUAAGUUUUUGUGUCCACACAAAACUCGGUUUCGAACUUCUCGACGGUGACCAGGCUGUGACGCUGACCGAUUAGUGCUCGUGGACUCGCUCUAGUGUGCCGUUUAAGAUCCGGACAAGUUCCGAAGUGACGGUGGUCGAACAGAGGUGCAAGGAACAGGAAACGGAAAGUGGGAGUGGUGAACUGUUUGUGUUUAUUAUUGAAUUUUAAACAGUGUCUUGGCCAGUGUGUCCUCUGGCACAGGAACCCAAGUACCGAAAGGAAUACCCCAAGUGAUAGUCGUGUGUGAAUGCAUAACAAACAACAAAAUGCUCACCGUAGAUAAUGACUGACCCGCUAGGAGGUGAUAAACAAUUUAGUGAUUAAACUCGCCGGUGAAGAGGGAAUGUGAGUCGAAUACUUGGGCCCGGGAAAUUGAGCGAUUGAAUAAGAUGAUAGAUCUAGUGCUGGUUCAGAAAUUUGUAUUCGAAAGUGAUUUUGAUUGAUUUGUUUGCAUGCGCAGUUUAGGGGUAAACGUGAAAAAAACGAACUGAGAGCUUGUAGUAUUGGAGUACUUUAGGAAGGACCCAAAAGAUUACGCAGUAAGAUAAAAAUGCAAAAACUUUACCCGGAAACAUCAAUCAACAGUACGAGUAUGGCCGGCGGUAACAUGAGUCCUAUGGCGCCAACGUACAGUAUGAAUAGUAUGGGAAUGACCGUCGGUGGAAUGUCAUCGGUUUCCCCACAAGGCGGCACCUUCGGGGCGUCUGUGCUCGGUAAUCCCGGAAUGGGUGGAAUGGGAGCCGCCAUGAAUUCGAUGUCCGGCAAUUGUCUGGCUUCGACUCCGAUCGGAUACAGCUCAAUGGGAUCACCGAUACCGAACAUGGGCUCCUGCAUGGGCGGAAACGGCAUGAGUACGAUGUCGGCAAUGGGCGGCUAUUCAAGUGUAGCGGGAAGCCGUGAGGUGCUUGGAGACCCUGGAUCCCCUAACUCCGCAGCUUUACAGCGAGUACGGACGGAAAAACCGGCGGCCAUCUACCGACGGAAUUACACGGCCGCGAAACCACCGUACUCGUACAUCUCUCUCAUCACGAUGGCCAUCAAUAAUAGCCAAAACCACAUGUUAACCCUAGCCGAAAUCUAUCAGUUCAUCAUGGAUCUGUUUCCAUUUUACAGACAGAAUCAGCAGCGGUGGCAAAAUUCAAUUCGACAUUCGCUUAGCUUCAACGAUUGCUUUGUUAAAGUGCCCCGUACUCCGGACAAACCCGGCAAAGGUUCCUUCUGGACAUUGCAUCCGGACUCGGGUAAUAUGUUCGAAAACGGGUGCUACCUGCGACGGCAGAAACGAUUCAAGGAUGAAAAGAAAGAAGUCCUCCGCUCGAUGCACAAAAGCCCCUCGCACAGUCUGGGAGCGACCAGCCCCGACAAGAAAGACUCCCACGAUGAUCAUCACCAUCACCACAGGGACCCGAAAAUAUCGUCCGACACGCACGGAAUGCUGAACGCCGCUCACGGCAAAGAGGUUGAUGCCUUGGCCAUGCUUCACGCUACCACUGAUCUAGCCUGUUUGGCUCAGCAAACUCACCCGCAGCAUGGUUCCCAUCAUCCGCAGCUCCAGCAAGAGGAAUUGACCGCCAUGGUUAAUCGGUGCCAUCCGUCGCUGCUCGGUGACUACCACUCGAUGCACCUGAAGCAGGAACCCUCCGGCUAUACGCCCUCUAGUCAUCCGUUCUCCAUAACCCGACUAUUGCCGGCCGAGUCGAAAGCGGACAUCAAGAUGUACGAUAUGAGCCAGUACGCCGGCUACAACGGACUUAGUCCUUUGCAGAACUCGCACGCAGCUGCCGCAGCCCUUGGACAGGAUUCCUACUAUCACCAGAGUCUCGGUUACCACCAUUCGUCCGCCGGCACGACCAGCUUGUGACAUCAGUAUCCGUUGGCAUAAGUGAAGCUAAAAAACUACUACAACUGCGGUACCGGUAGCAGCAACAGCAACACUCAUUUCAACGCCAACAUUCAUCAGUUUACCCAGCCGACGGUCGGUGGCGGCUUCCAGCAUAACGGUAACCCAAUCAGCAGGUCCGCCUGCCAUAGCAUUCCCGACACGGUCCAUCAUUUUCAAUUCUAAACAGCAAGGUAAUAAAGUUUGUAAAAUAAUCCUCCCACGCUAGGCUAGAGAGCAGGACAAAAGAUAAACACUGUUGUUGUACAAAAGCAGACGACGAGAAAGAGAGUGAUCAGUUUGGCCGGGUUGAAUGAGCUUCCGAAAUUUUUUGGAGUGGUACCACGCGCCAAAACGCGCCUUCACAGCGGUCAAAACCGCAAGUCACUGUUUGUGGCUGUUCGUGGCUGUCGAUCAUCGCAAAAGUGUCCUAUACCAUAGCUGUUGUUUACAAUUCAUGAGUUGUAACUUGAGUUGAUCAGUUUCUAAACUAUUCAUUCGAUUACCGCUUGUGCACAGAUUCCCUCACUUAGUCGGUCCCAAAGAGGCGAGUUAGGAAUCAAUAAAGCACGCAUCCAUUUCCAUUAAAGAAAACAUCGCCGAAGCGCGUCUUCAAGAGGGCUACUGAAUGACUCGAGGUACCCGAGCUCGUAAAGGUCGGGCUUUUAAUUGAUUCUCUCGUUCGGUUUCACGUUCGUACUUACUGUACCCUACGUACAGGUUUCGAAAUAAGCACUCUUCAUCUUGUUCCGCGGUUGCCCCCCUCCGGUUUCCGUCGUCGGCCAUCUCCGCCGCUCGCCGGUGACCGGAAUGAAUUGUGCGCAAUGAGACACGUUCGUUGUCUUCGACUGCGGCGGCGGCGACGGCUGUUGGCUUCCCAAUUGAGGUCACCGUUACCUCCGUGCCUGUGUCCAAGCAGGCCGCAGUGUCUGCGGAAUCGAUCGCCCUCCCCCCGAAUGGAAGCUGAGUGAUGACGGUUAGAAAGCUUCCUACGAACGGGAUAGCAUAGGGUGGUUCAGUAGUUGGAUGGUUGGAGAGUUUUCUUCUUUCGGGUUCUUGAGGGACACAGACUGGUAGGAGGCUAGCUAAGCUGCUGUCGAACAAUAAUGAAAGUGUUUCAAGUGUUCGGCUUUCGUUUUCUUUGAGCUCCAAAAUUUUUUUCAAGAAUACAAUAUCAUAAAAUAUUUUACAUCCAGUUUCAAAAUGUUAAGCGGAUGAACGUGGGGAUCUGUUGCUCUAGCACUGCAAAAUUGCAUUAACUGUUGAAGCGACCAUUUCGUUGUGUCACACUUCGCUAAUAAAAUUUUAUAGAUAAUUUAAACAACAGUUUGCGAACACUAAUGAAAAAUAUCAAUGAAUAUUCGUCGGAAUUAUUUUUAACAAAUUUUCAUUGAUCCUCUAGUGCUUUCUUGGAUUUCACUUAGAGGUACAACUCUAAAUUUAAUGAUCAAUUAAAAAAAUGCUUUCAAUUUGCAAUAUUUUUGCAAUAUUUUAAUGAAUCUGUUAGUGAAUCGAUGACGUUUGACCAUUUGAGUCUGCCAAAUCCAAGACUAUUUAUGCUCUUUACGUUUAUCUAAUCUCCAAUGAACGACUUAGUGUCUUGUUUAUAUGCCUUGUCCUUGUAAUGUUUAAAUGUAAAAAUGUGAUUUUUAAUAGUUUUUUCACGACUUGUAAUUGAGCACUUUAUUCUCCGGUUUUUUAACAGUGAGAGAAACUAAAUUGUUUGAUUAAUUUACAAGCUGUCAUUAGCAGGAACAAUAGGCGACCUUCAGUUUAAUUAUAUUGUCAGCAACUCGCUUGCAUUCAAUGCACAGUAAGAACGAAAACAAAAAAGAAUUAAAAAAAAGUUUGAAUUGAAAUGUGUUUUUUUUUUUCAGCAGAAUGUGAUUUUAUUAUUCACGCAGAUCUUUUGAUUCAGUUAACUUGGAAUUAAUUUGCCAAUACAUAAAAUAAAACUGUAGAAUGGUAUGAUGUCAAACGGAAUUGUUCUGAUCUUAUGAAAUAUCUCUGGGACGCGAUUUAUACCUGAAAUUAUCCGUAUUUCGUUCACAGUAUAUCGAGAGGUCUUCAAAUAUUUUGUUUUUUACAACUUUGCUAAAGCCUUUGCGAAAUUUUUGCCUGGUCAAAAGAUGAAUAACUUACAAGAUAAAUUUUUUUCCGAUAGUUUUAUCAUCCAUUGCCUUACGUGCAUAAAUUACAGUUCUCAGGUGAUUAGGUUAUUCACAGACUUUGGCAUGAUUUGUUACUGGUAAUCACGGUAAACAAACUGUGAAAGAAUUUUGUGUUCCAUGAAAUUUAGCAGAGACUACCUAUUUUCAAAUUAUAGUAUAUCCGCUGAUGCCAUUGCAACACAAUUGAUUUCGCCGCUAGACAUUGAGCGAUUGUUAACUUCAAAAACUUUAAUUAUUCCAAUUGGGUCCUAAGAUAUUACAGGUAUUCUGAUUUAUUUGAUAUAUCAGCUGAGAGAGUGCAAUUUUCUGAGCAAAACGUGAUUUUUAACAAAUGUUUAUCGUUGCCCUCAGAUUUUAAAAUGGAGUAUAAAAAGCUGCUUGAAAUACCUUAAAUGACGAUUCUUCCGUAUACCGUACAUGGGCGAACUGUCAUUUAAGACAUAUCGAGCGGUUUUUUGUCUUCAUUGAAAACACGAAGAGAAACGAUAAACAUUUUUUGAUGUUUACGUGUUCCUAUGUGCUCUAGCUAAACUUGCAUUUUUGACCAAUCGUUUAAAGGUACCAUUAAUUACGCAUGUUCCCUGACCAUGUGAAAUCGCGGAAAGAGCUACUGUGCAUCGACGAUAUUUUUUAAUUUGAAUUUUUUGCUGUUAAAAAGUGAUAUAUUUAAUAAUGAUCGCCCAUUUCUAUAAAUUACCGAGAUUUGGUUUUUUUUUUCAAAUCAAAAUUUGGUGUUUAUUCUGAAAUAAAAAUAUCUUUAUAGGUUUCUGAGCUACAAUACUUCAUAUGAAGUAUAUGCCUUGAUACAUACGCUCUUUAAUAAGACAUCUGUUGAGAGCAGGGCUGAAAAUUUCGCACAUUGAUUUCGAUUCGAAAAGUUUCAAUUUUAAUUGAUUCCUUUCGGUUACAGUCAUCAAAUCAGGAUGAACAUUUUCGCUGUCAUGCGGGUUUGAUUACAGGUUUGUUUCCUUUCUGGUGUUCAUUAAUUCAUUUCAAAACUAAUCUGAUGACUGAUUGAAUUGACGGAGAAAUUAUAAAUUAUGAUUUUUUCCUUUACAUCUGUGUUUCAAUUUAAAUUAGCACUCCAUCCAGUCAUUUGAUAAUAGUUUAGUAGCGCAAAAGCUGUGUUAAUUCAGAAUAUUUUUUUUUAUUUCUAAACAUAUUUCACGUCACGACACACAAUUGGGUUGUUUACCUAUUCAAGGAUUUCCGAUUUUUAUAUAUCAUCUGAAAGAGUGUAAUUUUCUGAGCAAAUCGUGAUUUUUUGAAACUUUAUAUCAUUAUCCUUCGAUUUUUAUAUGAAGAAUAAAAAUUCGCUCUAAAUCGCUACAAUGACAGUUGGUAUAUAGGCGAACUGUCAUUGUAGCGAUUUCGAACAGAUUUCGAGCGGUUUUGAAUCGUGAAUUAGAAAGCGAAGGACGACGAUAGAAAUUUUUUUAAAUCACAUUUUACUUAGGUAAUGCAUAUCUUUCAGAUGAUAUGAAAAACUGAUAUAGCUAAACAACCCAAUUUUAACCUUUACUCCGCCCCUUCUACCUACAAUAUCAACCGGGUUCUCUUAAAUCCCUCUUCCAUCUAUAUGCAUGAAGCACUGCAAAGAAGUCCCCCGUCUCCCUCUGCCCUGAAAGUCCUAUUCAGUUGACAAUCGUCAGGAGAUCGCAGUUAACCAUUGUUUUCAAUUGAAAACCACUUCUUUCCUUUUCGAGACCUUCAGCUGUCAAACUCAAUGCAAAAGCAUUCGAGCAGUUUUCAUGUGACUCAUUAAGUGUUCGAAAAUUGAACAAAUGUCAACGCACGGGUGACGUUUCAUGGCUUGUAUGUUUGUUAUUGUUGUUGUUUUUAAAAUUUCAAAACCAAAACAAAAUCGAACACGAAAUCUUUUAAUGUCGGCAAAAAUAUCGAAAGUGAUUUUUCAUUGCAGUGUUGAGAAUUGCCACUCGCGAUACUACAACAACCGAUCGGAUAACGUUCGUUUUUCAUGCUUUUUCGAUCCGGAUUGUAUUCAAGUUACGACCGUUCGAACAUAGCAGUGUCUAUCUAAAGUUGUAAACAAACUGAAAUCAGCUGAUCGCAACUAGCAAUACUCAAAGGGAAAGAUAUGCGGAGAAAAUGUAGUGAGCCAAACGAACCGUCAAAGUCUGAGCCAAACGAACAAGGAAAUUAACAAUAAGAGGUAUUGCAAUUAGGUACAGUAAAAGUCGUAUUUACUUUCAGACGUUUUUCUUGUUCUGUUGCCAAAUAAAGAAUUAAAAAUGCUUCAAAAUUGCAUUAUCACAGUGAUUUUUAACCGGAGGUAAACAAACCUUUUGCAUGGUUAACGAAAUAAUGUUCAAGUGUUUAAAAUAAAACAUAUACAUAAAAUUUACCACUUUCACGGUUUUUGCGAUGCUUUCCGUUGUUCUCCAGGACUUCCAUCGGCACCAUCGAUUAUUCAAGUUGAAUAAAAAAGUUAGUCAACAUUCUGCUUUGAGAAGAGAUCUGGCAUCUCUGACAUGUGAAACCCAGUUGCCAAGUAGGCGGUUUUUUUCAUCGCCUAUCUCUCUCUCUCUCUCUCACUGAGUAUAUCUAAUCGCAACUGUCUCGUGGAUGCCUUAUUGUCAGUUCAAAAUGCCUUCGUCAGGCUCUGUUCGAGAGUUUUCGUGAAAAAACGUAGUUUGUGUGAAAAGUGGCAUUCAAAUCGGCAAUGGUCGAUAAUUUUGCGUAUUUUCAGGCCAUUUGGUGUGGAAACAAUAUAUUCACAAGUGUUGUGAAAGUUGACAUUAACUAAACCGAAUGCAUGUAGUUUUGUGUUAACAUCAAUCGCAAAAUAAGUUCAAGAAUUACUAACAGGAAUACAUUUUUAGCCAUCGAUAUUGAGUUUCAAAGUACUACUUUUAAGGAGAAAUAGUUGUCCCCGUGACUAUGUGGUUAGCGAUGUCGGUCGGCUAGCUCUCCCACACGGUUGUGAUUUCGGGUUCGAUUCCCGAUCGAGUCGAGGAGCUUUUCGAGCUGUAAAUUUCCUCGACUCAGCACUGAGGUACGGUGUAUCGUUGUACUUAUCCUACGCAUGCAAAAUGUGCCAAAAACAAUAUCGGUAACGAAUUCUCUCAACUAAUCUAGUUGAUCGAGACCGGUAUUAGCCCCAAGGCUAAGCUAAACGUGCGAAAUAUAUAAGGAGAAAUAAUCUAACGUAAUUCUGCUAUGUUAAAGCUGGUUUCAUUUACUGGGUUCUUCGAUUCAAAACAAAAAAGAGUGUGCCUUCAAGCGUUUCUUGGGAUCCAAUAUUCUAACUCUACCAAUCAUGAAUAUUGCUGACAUUAUAAGCAAUGUUGAAUGUGGAGAAUACCAUGAAAUGAUUAGCUCUGACAGCGUAACUAAUUUUGUUUUGGUUUCCACUGGGUUUCUAACACAAUCUGAUAACUAAUCCAAGGGAUUGAUGUUUCAGCUUGCAGUUUACUGAAUUGAUAACUCUCUGCUCAUCACCGACGUUUCGGUCCUUCUAUGGAAUCAUCAUUUUUAUUUGGCUAGAGUCCGGCAGUUCGAGUAAGAAAAUUUUGUCUGAUGGAGGCGAAGUGUAUCGCUUGCUAGGAUUUUCACCAAAAUAUAACCAGUGCAAAACCCGAAAAUGAACUAAUUUGUAUCUGCGAUUCGGAUGUACGGUAUUAAGGGGUUUUAUACCAUUUCGCUCGAGAAUAAAGAGCAAGUUUUGGAAUUUUUUCAUGCAUGUAGCACCUUUUAAUUGCAUAAAAGUAGAAGUUUUUUAAAAGUUGAGUUUUUCUUCGAAAAUAUUUGUUCAUAAGAAAUACCAAUUAUUUGGGCAGUAAUGGCCGUUUUCGCGAAACCAUUUUUUGUCAGAGUGUUGCGGUGGUUACGAUAGCGUCGCAACAGAUCAACUGAAAUAAAAAACUCGUAUUAUUUCACUAGUUAAGAAGUGUUCCGGGUAUUUGAACGAUCGCUUUUUUGAAGUAUUUUAUUUUUAGAGCAACGGGAACGUUUUUUCCGAAAAAAUCAUGUUUUGAGCACUGAAAAUUGCAUUGAAAUUUUAUAACGAACAUUCGGCUCUGUAGUUUCCCCGCAAUCGUAAACACGGCAAAGUAUUUUUUUGAAAUUAUAAAGUUUCUAAUUGAGCUUAUGCGGCCGUGGCGAAACGUGCUGCAAAUCGCUGUAAGUUUCUCCCUAUUGCUUAGAUUUUUAUAAAAAAUUGUAAAAAUGUUCUCAAGACACACUUUACACUUUAAGAUAAUUGAAAAAAAUUGAUUUUUUUAAAACUAACAGGUAUAUAACGAGGCUGACCAGACGUACCGUUUUAAACGGGACAGUACCAUUUUUUCUACUGUUUUUAACAGUCCCGUUUUUUUCCACCAUUUUGUACCGUUUUCGAAAACUCCUUGGAAAAAUCUUAAAUAGAACUUUGCAAAAUUAAAUAGAAAUUUUCCUAAAUGGAAAUUAGGUUUCCAAACAGCCAGGAUUUUCUAAUAUUACUGAGUAAGUUUUGUGCCUUCCUGACAGUACCGCAUCACUGGAAGGACGUCCUCUAUCGUGAAUUGAUGAAAAAGUCGCGAUUGAAAGUUGAGACCAUGAUAUUGUCGCCCCAAUAGAAAAUCGAAUUUUUCAACUAGAGACAGAUUUUUCUCUCAUACCGUACAUUAUACUUAACGUCGGAAGUACUGCGCUGUAUAGCACAUCAGAUGUGCUAUACGGCAUGAGAGAAAAAUCGAUUGUCGCUGGUCGACAACUCCAAUUUUCAAAAAAUGCAUAAAAAUUGUUCGUCAAAAUCAUCAUGUGAAAAUUUUCAGGAAUUCAUUGUAAAAAAUCACACUCUUCAGGAUCGGGAAAGUUUAUCAAAGCAACGAAUAAUUGUUUGUAUGCCUUGGUUGGUAAAAAUUUUCAAAAAUGAACUUUAUCAUGUGUCCCGUUUUUAUCCCGAGAAAAUCUGGUCAGCCUAUAUAGAACCCCUUAAACCCUUAACGAUCCGACUGUUUUUACGUUUGCAAAAACUUUUUAACUUGUUGAUUAUCGUUUCGAGUGAGUAGCAGUUAAUGUGGUAUGAUGUAACAUUGUCCUAAUGUAAGUCAAAUUGUACGUAAAAUGUUGAAUAUAUUGUAGGAUCUUAUGAUGGUCCCACAGAAGGACCGAAACGUCGGUGAUGAACAGAUAGGCAUCAACGCAUUUCAUCAGACUCAAUCCCUUCAAUUAAUACAUCAAUUCUAGUCGAAAACUUGAGUUACAAUCUGUUAAAAUACCUGAAAUAAUCUGGCAAUAAUUUUGCAGUUAUUUCGUGUGACAGAGAAUAUUUUUCGAAUGAAAAUCUCAAGAUAUGCAAAAUUUUAUGUAAAAAAAAUAACAAAACGGUGUGCAAAAUUUAAGAUGACAACUUUCUCGCUAGACAACAGGAAUGUAAUGUAGCUAACUGUUGGAUAUUUGGAGGAUUUUGAGGUUUGUCUGGUGCAUAAUCAGAAAUCUGGAAAAAAUCGGUUUCAUCGGACUCAAUGGUAAACUCGACCGUAAACAAGAACACCGCUGAUUGUCUAUAAUUCAUUGCGCGGAGCAAUCUAAUCUCACUUUUUUGACAAUUUAGGGAGCCUUUUAAAAAGGUGGUAAAAUUUGGAGCAACAAAUCAAAUAUUUUUCGACCAGGCUGCUGAUUGACUGAAUCUGACAUCGCAACCGUCACAUAGAGAAUACGAUAAGGUUAUUUUUCUUUGUAACGCAGCGUUGCUGGAGAGACAUAAUUUAGCUAUUAAAAUUGUUCAUAAAUGAUAAUACAAAAGUAUUCAAGGCAUAUUUAUAAACUUUCGUCUCGUACGGUCGAAGUUUUUUCCUUGAUUUUAACGUAUUUUUAUAUACCUCUUAACAAUAAAUUUCGUUUAAAACCCGUUGUUUUUAAUUUGCAAAAGCUCUUAAGAAUAACUAAUUUGGCAAUAACAAUGUGGAAUGUUUUAUAAAAUUUCAACGGGAAUGGCAACCGCUACGAAAGGAAAAAUAAGAAGCCAGCUGUCGCGUCUUAUCUUAGGAUAAAUACAAGAAAGCCAAGUGACCUGUCAACUGCAACAAAAACGUGUUCAUUUGAUUUUCUGAAAAUUUCUUACUCUGUGUUUUGUUAUAUGAACUGUAAUUUUGUUGAUUUGGUUUGUCUACUGUACAGUGGAAUUACGUGACCAGUGAUGAGAGGAAAACAUACUAUCCCUAAAGUCCGAUAAGGCGUCGCACACAAAUUACGUUACGCCAAAAAUCUAGAUUUAGACCUCUCCCCCUUUAUGUAACAAUAAGUAACAUUCCAUAUUACUUCCCCCCCCCCCCCCCUAAAAUUACGUCACGCUGAACAACCUGACCCACACCUGAAAUUUUCAAAUUAGAACAAUCAUCACAGUUACGUAACUGACUCAACUUUUGAAUGGCCGUGUACCUGACUGUUUAACUACAAAAGAUUUUGUUACCUUACUGGUUGCAACAAUAUUAAAACUACUUUUAUUAUUUCCAACCAAAGCUUGACAAGGUAAUUUUGAAUUGAAAAUCGUCAGAUAAUAGUGACAUUGGUAAACUUCACUGUCUGUCAAAAAUCAUUUGUUUCCUUUCGAUCACUUUAGCUGUCAAAACUAAUGGAAACGCAUUCGAGCGAUUUCACGUUGUUGAUUCCAAUUUAGCCAUGCUUAUAUUUGGAAUAUACUCGAUGUCGCUACUAAAAAAAUAUUGCUUACGCGUUCAAAAAAUAUCACUAAAUGACAGGAUGUGGUAUCAAUAUCAAAACACACGCUGAAAGAGAGUCAUCAGUUUUAUUUGAAAUGAACCGAUGCACAGCCGUAAUCAAAACACGUUUGACAGCGAAAAUAUUUAUUUUAUUUCGAUGGCAGUGGCCAGAACAAAUUAGGUGAAAAUGUGAAACUGUGGAAAAUGUUCAGUUUUUUUUUCAUGCUUUGGAAAUGUGGAGCCCUGCUUGCAACCAAACAAAAUACAUCGGUAGAAGUCAUUUUAAACUAUACAUUGUUUUCCAUUUAUCAAACGAAAGCCACUAUAGCAUAUUUCGCUUUUGAACUUGUUAAGUGAUUUUUAAUUUCGUUUAAUUUUUUGUUUAAUUAAAAAUUCUGGUAUUUAAUGGCAAGCUCCUGACCGCGGUUCAAGAUAUUCUAACUCUUAGAAUUAUUUUACUAUUAUUCUAAUCUCUAUUUUUGAACUUUACUUUAUAAACGGUUUUCUAACCUCUAGAGCAGCGGUCUCAACCUGGGAUACGCGUACCCCUAGAGGUACGCGAAAGAAAAAUCAGUAAUGGCGGACAAAGAAAUUUUUUUUUAAUACUGUUUGUUUUUCAACCUUGCUCUUGAAACAUGACUGUAGCAAUCAAACAAGUUCAAUAGUUCAAUUUCAAACCUGAACUAGACUACCACAACAUGAUCUAUCACUUCUCUCUCACAUUUUGCGAGAACAUUCCAAACCAGGGAGUACAAUUGAUUUGUAAAUUAAUUGGCUCCGUAAAACAUUAAUUUGUAUUGUGCCGUGUCAAAUAAAUGUUGUAUGGAAAAAAAAAAUUGAUUUGUAAAACAUCGCCACGGGGUACGCCGACAAACAAAGGUUGGGAGCCGCUGCUCAGAUUUGGCAACACGAUUAAUGCCAUAUUUCAAGUAAAUCGAAUUUAAUUGUUGCUGUUUCAGGACAAUAAAAAUCAAAAAGGUUCUUUGUGUAAUUUUACUAACUUAGUUCAUUCUCAAUUAAUUGGAUGCUGCUUGCAUCAUUCCGGACUUUAUGCCUUCUAAACAUUAUUUGCAAUUCCCUGCAUUACAAAUCGCCAAAGUCUUAAUCACUGCCUGUCGUGUCUCAAAUUGUAAACCGGUUCUCCUACUCUGAGCCGCCCCAGCAUAGGACACAACAGCAUGAGCCAACUGAAGUACUUGCAGGUCCAUCUGAAUAAAUAUUCAUAACUUUUCAAGACAUUGCCAUACUCCAAGCCGAAGCCGAAUCCAUUCAGCUUCGAGAGAGCAGUGAACACCUCUGAAAAGCAAUCGAUCAUUGUGUGUUCGCGGGCACGCUUCAUGCAUUUUGAAAAAGCUGCCAAUCCACUUUGGGUUCCAUGAAGGUCGAUAGUUCAGUGUUACCGAAACCCGUGGUGCCCACCAAACCCGUAGUUCGGAACCGGAACGCGGAAAAUUGCCCUACAAGAAUAACGCGGUGGGGCAGCGCUUCGGGCAAAAGAUGUCGUCAAAAGUGGUGAGUGAGUCCCCGUUUUCGUACACUCUGUCAUCUCUUGAGUUGAGCUUCGAGUCGGUUUUGGGACGGGAACGAGACACAAACUUGGUAGCUUUUGAGCGAGGGCACUUGAUUUACGAAAGGUAAAUACCGACGUGAAGAGCUUCGCUCAUUUUUCUUCUUGUUGAGUAUUUUAAGAUCAGCUCAAUUGCGGAGGACUAAGAUGAACAACGUUCGGUAGGAACUGGGGAAUUCGCUUGAUUUUUUUUAGAGAACUAUUCCAUUUAACAUGAAUGUAAUUGCGAAUUAUGAAAUGGACGAUCGGUAACGUCGCUAAACCAAAAAUCUUUUGUUGCUUUGAUGUAGUUCUUGCUAAUCAAAAACUUUUGGACAACUCCAUAUAAUGAGUAAUCAAUUAAAACACAUACGUGACAGCUGUCGCGACAUACAAGGUGAUUUUUUAAACAACAGUUGUUCGGGCGGCAAACGGCGCACCAUUUUAAGCCGGAUGCUGGACGCUCGACCGAAAAUCAAUAUUUUCACUGAUUAACAGCUCCUAAAAGCAACGUUUUUUGGAGCCAUCAUCACGGGGAAUUGAUGCGAAAGAUCGACUUUUCAACAGAACUCGUCUUUUUAGUGGGUACUGUCGAUCGCUCGUGUACUGCUGAGUCUUCGCAGUCCGCGGGGCACAACAGCGAUAGCCGGUCUCAUUAGUGCCAACACGCUAAAUAAACAAAUUAUCCGCUUAACAUUAAUUGAAUUAUUGGAACACAAACACAGCAUCGACUAGGGCAGUCAGCGGAGGUGGCCACAUUUGUGUUGGCCAGUCCCGCGCUCUUUCAGUGCUCUCUUUCUCUGCUACGUGGUAUCAGCUGAAUUUGUGAAAAGUUGUUAAAAGCUAGUUUCGGAAUUUCACUUCUUUGCCUCAAACGAAGUCACCGUAGAACCGAAGUCAUAAGUAGAAGUUUAAAAACAGCACGCGGAAUGCGCGCUUUCGGAACAUGUUCUCAAACUGUGACCAACAUUGACCAAGCUUAGAUCGAAAUGUAAAACAAAAUGAAGACUCUGGUUUCACACAGUCCAAAAAUAUGCAAACAAAAGUUCUCCCGCUCUGUCUUGAAAGUGAAGAUCAGCCUGCCAACACUGGAUGGAGAAUAAGAAAUCAAAAUGUGCAAUUAUAACUAAGAACAAACAAAUCACUUGAACACACACAUACACACAUGUCCCAAACAUUUUCGCGAUUCCUCCAGUCCUGUACAAAAAAAGAAUGUUCCACCAUCCUCGGACAAAACAGUCCCAAUUUCGAGAAUUUAAUCUGAGCUAAUACUAAUUGAACGCAUGCAGAGCGCGUUAAACGUAAGAGAUAAAACGAUUUGUUUUCUACAUUAUUUGCAAUAUUUUAUUUCGAAGGUGUAUAUAUUUUAUUAUCUCUAUGUCUAAGUCGAAUCCUUUUAUAUAUACAACAUAAAAAAUCUAGAAAAAAAAAUUCUUUUAGCGAUAUAGUAAUAUAAAUCAAAGAAUCUUGUACAUAGAUAAUAAUUUUUAUUUCCCAUUCCAAACCAAUAUUCGAAUCAAAUUGUGAAUAUAAAGAACCAGCAAACCUAAUAGAGCGAAUUAUCGUUACACAAAUAAAAAAGAAAAAGCAACAAUUUCAAACAGCAAACUAUUAUUUUUCCACGUUGUUUCUCUAACUAGUAGAAGCGCCAACAGUAAACUAAACUAGCAACUUGAAACGCAUCUGCUCUAAUCGCAACCGAACCGAAUUAAUUUCGAAUACUACACUAGUGCAAAAUGGCGAUAAGCUUACGUUUACCGGUAGUUAGAAUUCCUUUUGAAUAUGUACAUGGAAGGUUCCGAUAAUCUCAAUGGUAGUCAGGAGAAGAAACUGAAUCGAUUUCAAAUUUAGAAACGCCGGAUCGAAAAUGAAAGAAGAAUAAAAACAACCCACUGCGGGAAAUACAAAAUUGUGAAAACUAAAACCAACUAAGUUAAGUGAGGCAUAAGAAAACAAAAAAGUUCUAGUAAAUAGAAGAGCAAGAAGACGAAAAAUUCUCUUUAAAAUAGAACGGAACGAAGCGGGAGUACACGCGGUGGUAGGCAGCUUGAAGCGCGAAUAAAAACAACCCGCUCUCGCUUUGCGAACCACCGCUCGCUAUUCGGGCGUUCGUUAAAGCAUUAAUUUAAAUUUAGCAACUCUCGUUUCUUUGUCACGAAGCAUACAAAUGAAGUAAUAAAAGGAAAAAAAAUCAAUUGAAUAAAAGAAUUAAGUGUUUUAAAAUUUCAAA